UGCAGCGGGGGUGCGCAUGAGGGGCUCUCACCGGGAGGGUAUUCCCACCGGGACAUCGCCCUGGGAAAUAGACCCUUGUGAAGGCUUGGGAAGGAGCGAGACUGCUGGGAAUGGCAGCAUUAGAAAACACAUGGCUUCACAAGAGGAAAAACAAGCUCAGCCCUUUACAGACAUCUUUGAUGAAGAUGAAGCUGAAAUAUCUUUUCUGUUGUCCAAGCCCACUUGCUUCAUUGUCUUUGGAAAGCCAGGUUCUGGAAAGAAAACAUUAGCUAGAAAACUAGCGCAGAGAUGGAACUGCAUUUUCAUAGAAGCUUCAGAAGUAAUUCAAACAAAUAUUCAACAAGGAACAGAAUAUGGACUUAAGUGUCAAGAACUGCUUUGUCAAGGUGAAACUGUUCCUGAGGAACUGGUGACAGAAAUGAUUCUGCAAAAGAUUGAGUCUCCAGAAGUUGAUCAUUUUGGUUAUGUUCUCACUGGAUUUCCUUUUCUCUCGGAGAAAUGCAUGACUGUUCCACAGCAAAUCGAGAAAAUAAUGAAUCUAAAAUUAAAACCGGACAUCCUGAUUAACAUUAAGUGUCCAGAUUAUGAGUUAUGCCAAAGGAUAUCAGGACAAAGGCAAAACCCUGAUUCAGGGGAGAUAUAUCAGAGGAGCCAGUGGGAUCCUAAAGUUAUUGAUAAGCGUAAGAAAGAUCAGGAUGAAGAAGAGGGUGAAGAAGAGGGUGAAGACCAGGAUGAAGAAGAAGAUGAAGAAGAAGAGACUGGAGAAGGUCCACGUAAGAAAUCAGAAUCUUUUCAUCAAUUAGUGCAUAGGCCUGAAGAUUUUCUUGAAAAUGCAGAGAAAAGAAUUGGAAUAUACAAGGAUAUAAUGCUUUCUCCUUUAGAAGAACUUCUGACUCAGCAUGAUUGUCGAUAUCUUAUUGAAGUGGAUGGAAGUCAGGAACCAGAUGAUGUCUUUGAGGCAGUGGCAGGCCGACUUGAGUCUAUGGAUAUUCAAAAUGCAGCUCCUAUAAUCAGACUUCAAAGUGAAGACGAAGAAGAAAUGCUGGAGGGAAAGGAAAAGGAUGAACUUUUCCGGGCCCUGUCAUCUUGCAAGCUGAUAGCGCCCAGAUACCGAUGGCGUAGGAGCAGGUGGGGUCAAGUGUGUCCCGUGGCUCUAAAAGAAGGGGAAAUUUUAAUGGGAAAUCCAGAGUUUGCUGUGAGUUUUCUAGGUAAAAUGUAUGUACUGUCGUCUGCAGAGGCAUUGAAAAAGUUUGUGUUGAAUCCACGGCCUUACCUCUUACCUCCAAUGCCAGCUUCUCCUUGUAAAGUAUUUGUAUUUGGUCCUCCAUUCUCUGGAAGAACAACUAUUUGUAAUUUAAUUGCACACAAUUAUAAAGGAAAGGUAAGUUCAUAA